UUGAGUUUUCUUCUUUCUGGCAAUCUAGACUUCCACCACCAUGGGGGUUCUUAUGCAAGCUUCACUUAAAUUAGUUCAUGGUGGGGAAAGGGUUUUCAAGAACCAGAUAUCAUGUUUAACAUCUACUAGUAGUGUGAAAAGAUGGUCUUUUCAAAAACCAUUACCAUUUCCACCAACUCCAAAGCUUGAAACGAAACACAGAAAUUUAGUGAUUACAGAAGCUAAAAAGAAGAAUAAAAGUGAUUUACAUAGUUUUAGCCCUAAACCUGAGGAAUCUACUGGUCCUUUCCCUGAGGCUAUCUUGCUCAAACAGCAAAAAGUAAAGGAAGAUGGUAAACUUGCCCCUGAAUUUGCAGAUUCCGAAGAAGAAAAGCUUUUUGAUUUCCUCAAUCUUCAGCUGGAAAGUGAUUUGAAGUAUGACAGAAUGCGUCACUAUGAAGUGGUUUAUAUGAUUCAUGAAGACCAUGCAGAGGAGGUUGGCAUCGUAAAUUCUAAAGUUGAAGGCUUUUUAAAAGAGAAAAAGAGUAAGAUUUGGAGAGUAAGCGAUUGGGGCCUCCGAAGACUGGCUUACAAGAUAAAGAAAGCCAAGAAUGCCCACUACAUGUUGAUGAACUUUGAGUUGGAAGCAAAAUGGAUUAACGAUUUCAAAAGCUUGUUAGACAAAGAUGAGAGGGUCAUUCGACAUCUAGUAAUAAAGAGGGAUGAAGCAAUCACUGAGGACUGCCCUCCACCUCCCGAGUUCCACACCGUUCGCUCGGAUAUGGAUGAUGGUGACGAUGAUGAGGAUUUGGAUUAUGAAGAUGAUGAUGAAGACUAUGAAGAUGAUGAUGAAGACUAUGAAAAUGAAGAUGAAGACGGAGAAGAGGAAUUGGAUGACGAAGAUCUGCAAGAUACUAUUAUCAUUGUUGAUGAGGAGGAUGCAGGAAAAGAUAGAAGCAGUGGUUCAUCUAGUGUAAGUAAAAAGGGUAAAGAGAGAGCUAUAGCUUGAGCUAGAAUAGUAGUGACAGUUUUAUUAGAUUUUACGUUUGCUUCUGAGCUUUAGUAAUGUAAUCUUCCCCGUAUUGUCAAUGCAAAUGUACGAACUACCAGGAAACUGAAGCAGAAGCAAGGUUUGUUCUGUAAAUCUGAUUAUAUGGUGCGAAAUCGAAACAUAUUUAAUUCAGAAACUUCAGUAUUAAUGAAACCGAAACAAGUUACUUUAUUAA